AUGCUGUUCCCCAGGGACGUCGUCGAUGCAGCACAACGCGCGACAGAAAGUGCGAUCAAUAGGCAUGUCCACAAGCUCCGCCAGCUUGCUGCCGACGCCGCUCUCCGUGCUUCCGUGUCAUCGUCAGUCGGGCCUUCGCCGAAACGCAGGGCGUCUAGCGACGAUCCGCAUCUCAACGGCUCGACAUCCUCGAAACGCGUGCGUCGUUCGCCCUCGGAUGAUGGCAUCAUUGACGUAUAUGCGGACGACACCUCGACAUCUCCCCCACCAAGCAUAUCUGCCGCGACGGAUAUGAGUGACAAGCCCCUCGUCACGGUCGGAAUGCUUCGCGCGCUCGCCCGUGACGUGCUCAAGACCUACGAUAAGUAG